GAUAUACCCUGCUUCUGUCAUUUGCGGGAAAUAUAAAACCCUAGGCCUAAAUAACCCCCGCCUCUCUCUCUCCGUCUCCAAGCUCCGUCUUGUUCGUUCGUCAAGCUCAGGCAACAAUGGCCUGUACGCUAGAUUUCAGGUUCUUAGACGAAGGUCUUGGCGGUCAAAAGAACAAGCGCAAGAGAUCUGCAGAAGAUGAAGAGAUUCGGAGUUCUUCAAUGGACCUCGACGGCACCAACAAUGAAGUCAUCUUACCUCCCUCCAAAAGGCCUGCCCUUCCUUCCUCUGAGAAUCCCGAGAAACCCGUAUUUGGAAAGCCUACCUACGACGGCGUAAUCGCUGGAAGAGUUUCCGGCAGGAAAUGGAAGGAGCCUCGAAAACACCGAGCUUCCGCCCUUAAGGUCACUCGAAAGGGACCGUCGUUCGAGCAAAGGAUGAAGGAGAAAGAGAUCAAAAAGGCUUACAGGGAACGAAUGACCGAAUUGAAGGAGGAAAUACGGUUGAACAAGGUGGAGAAGAGGAAGAAAAGGGAGGAGAGGGAGAAGAAGAAGCAGGAGAAUAUAUUGAGGUCGGGGACAAAGCUUCAGAAGAUUACUAAUCCGAAGACGUUGAAGAAGAUUGCUAAGUCGAAGGAGAAGAAGCUUCUGAAGGUGGUCCCUGACGAGUUGCUUAAGAAGAAGUAGGUUGAAAUUUUGUUGAUUUUGUUUGUUUUUCUUUUAAUCUACUAAACAUAUGGAGUUCUUUUUUCUUUUCUUUCGCCGUUUGUUAUUUUUACGGUUCAUGUUACUCGCCAGAAAUGGAACUUGAAAGAAUCAUGUCUUUGUUUUGAUGAGAAUGAUGUUAUCCUCUGCUUUGAUUUUUCUUUUCAGCA